GUGUCGGUCAGCAUCGUCUCCCUCUUGCAACAACAAUCAACUCGUCUUGCAACAGCACUCUCACUCACAAACGUGCCAGUCUAGCCCAUACACAGGCUGGAGAGCGUAUCUUCGUCCCUCCCUGUGAGCCGCUCAGCCUAGCGCUGAUCGACAAGGCUCCACCAUCAUGACUGCGACCAACAAUAACGAGCUGCGAAGCUCCCCACCAUCACGGAGGACAUCUGUGGCUGAGCAGGGCGCAGCGUCCGACUCUGGGGCCGGCCCGUCGUCCUCCAGACGUCCGUUGCCACCUCGUCCAGCUGGCCCUCGCAGCCCAGAGCGCUCGGGAUCUAUCCACACGUCGUACACGGUCACCCCAGCUCCAGCUCCAACGCAGUCGCCUGCCUCUGUGGCCCCGCCUGCCCCUCUCGCUCCCGUCAGCAGCUACCCUACGCCUCUGCCAGCCCCUCCAGGAAUACCAGAGCUGCCUUCCCUCCUCCCGGUUGAAGGAGCCCCUGACACGGACGUUACCGUCACUGUUGCGCCGAUCGACUCGUCUCCGCUGGUUUCUUUGCAUGACACCGAGCUCCCAGCGUACGAAUACCGGUCUCCCGAGGCUGUUAUCGAGAGCAUCGAUGAGCCAUCGGCCUCCAACCUGCCGCCGGGGGUGCUGGCCGAGCACGUCGCCGACGAUGACGACGACGUGGACUUUGUUCACCGCGAAUGGGCAGCGGGGGGCAACAAUGGUGGCAACGCGCGGCUCAGCGGCAUGGACGUGGACCUCGAUUCUUCCACGUUCGUGCCAGCCAUUCCUGAACGGCCACAGAUCGGCCCCGGCGUGCUGGCUAGGCGCUGGCUGGAAGGGAUCCACCCUCACCACGUUUAUCAACCUAUUAUCACCGAGCUCCCCAAGCCACCAUUGCCCAAGACGCCAUCGAGGCAGCCGACGCUCUCGGACGAAACGGCUGGAUCUCCUCCGUCCGCUGGGGCUGGAGGAGCGGAGCCUCCUGCUCCCUCACCCACAGUCGCGCCGCUUACUCUCGACGACGUGUUUGCGGCCCUCCCAGGCGGCAAGGAGCACCACCACGAGUGGUACUUCUGCCCCGAUUGCUGGGGAUGGCUCCAUGUCACCAUGGGCAGCGGUGACAUCCCAGGCAUCCUCGAUAUGGAGGAAUGGGAGAAGAAAGCGGAGUUUGGCAGCCAGCUCGACCGUGAGAAGUCACGGACAGGCCGACUGGCGCAGCUAUCCCGACUGAAGGACAUUGCGACAUCGCGCUCAGUGCCGGUCAAAAACCAGCACCACUUCCACAGCUUUUACAAUCUUAUCCUGCCAACCGCCGAGCGACGCAUUGACCGCGUUCAACCGGAGGGGUACAAGGACGCCUUUUCGCACUUGGAUCUCAGCUACGGCGCCCCGCCCGCCGAGCUCGUUGAGUUCAAGGACUUCUCGAAUAACGCGGCGCUCUGGGUCAGCUGCUCGUCGGACGCAUGGGUCUUCAUCGAUCAAGGCCCAUUCCCAGGUCAAAUCCCCGUCGGGCUGGUCCAGGAGUUCACGGCCGAGAAGAAGGAGAACCCCAAUGUCGGAGUGGACAGGUACCAGAGCGUGGUGGACGCUUGGAGUUUGAUCAUUACGCUUCUCCAGAAUCCGCUGUUUAGAGGCAACCGUGGCUGGGUCAAGCUGGAGAAUAAGACAUUCAGCUCCAAGAUCGGGGCAUCACUAAGAUCUUCCCAUCUCCUGGAGCGCGUGGGCUUUGGGUGCAAGCUGGAGGAUGAAGGAUACAGAGUCGGGCCGUUUGCCCAGGGCGACCUCAUCACGGACGAGCAUGUUGCCCAGAUGAGUGCCUACAUGGCCCGCACCUGGGUCGAGGUGACACUCUGGCUUCAGCAUUACCAGCGCCUGAAUGGCCUUGGAUUGUCGUCCGAGUGGAUCCGCAGCAAGACUCUUGGCGAAGACCUGGAUCGUUUGCUUCACGUCUCCAAGCUUCCUCAAAAAUCGCUGCCGUACUCGGGAGACCUGUACCAAGCCCUCGGUACGCUUGGCGCGUCCAUCCACGAUGUCCCGUCGACUAUCGAGGAUGGCUACGACCUGCAGGUAUCCGACGAUGCCCAACGAACGCCAUACUACCUCGGCGCGCUUGAGAGGGUAGCGAAGGCCCCAGGUCCAGGGAGCGACACGCUACAGAUUCGUGUGGCGACAGAGCGGUCGAUGGACCGGUACACGGAUGAGGACAUCGACGAGGCAUACAGCCUCAUCGGAUGUACCCCUGAACACUGCUCAACCAUCAUGGUUGAGCGUGAAGAGAUGCCGGUCGAGCACCUGCUGGAUCUUCAUCGCACUGCCAUGUCGUCAGCUUCCGAUAGCAGGCGCCCCGACAUCAGCCGCGCGCUGUUCAUCAUUGGCAAAGACCGCGGCAACGACAUGAUGGUCCAGCUGGGCAAGAACGGCGGAUCGUACCUCUCUCUCGAUCAAGCGUACCGCGAGUUCAACCUCUCGCGAGACAUCCCGAUUGACGAUGAGAUGCUCAUCAUGACCUAUGAUGGCUGGAUCUCGGAUAGACCAUCUCGCGCGGACCACUACCGCAUGGCACUGUCAAUUAUCGCCAAUGCGCCUGGAGAAGAAAGACCAGUGCUUCAGGCAUACUUGUCGGGUAAGGACAUCUCCGAGUUCCAAGGCCCUGUUCGUCGAGAUCUACCUGCCGGACUGAGGAACAUCGGCAACACCUGCUAUCUGAACUCGGUCCUCCAGUUCCUCUACACCGUCAAGCCUGUUCGCGAUGCUGUCACCAACUUCGAACAGUCGUUGAUCAGCAUGACUGGGGACGACGAGGACUCUGCCAAGAACAAGGAGAAGCUGCUGAAGGUCCAGUCCUCUCAGCGCUUCGUGCGACACCUCAAGGACCUCUUCAAUGAGAUGUACACGACAGACCGCACUGCCGUCGUUCCGCAGGAAGAGCUAGCUCGUCUGGCUAUUCUCCCCAUUGACCUCGUUGGAGAGCGUGCGCCCGCGUCUGCGCCGAAGGGGCGUGUGACGAUCGACUCGUUGCCGACAGUCCUGUCGCCCAUUUCAUCGAACGCCGCCACUGCAGCUGGCGACUCUGGACCACCGACACCGCAGUCGAUUGACUACUCCCCUCCUUCGAGCCCGCCUCCUGGUGCCCGCCCACUCGUAGAGACCCCGGACAGGCGCACGUCCGUUCUGGGAAAGCGCGCUAGCCAGGACAGAGAAUCGGCGUUUGGUGGCUCGGAGGAGCGUCUACGCAGGUUGACGGACGACAGGAGCGAUAUGAUCGAGUUGGACUCACCCACCGAGGCAACUGUUAGUCCACCGGAGACCAAUGAAGACGUGGAGAUGGUCCCCAUCUCUCGCUCAAGCACGACCGACCUGGGCAUUCCCAGCGGCUUAUCAACGCUUGAGCUGACCUCGCCCAUGACUGAGGAGCCCCCGACGCCUCUGACGGCUCUGCCUACCCGAGCGGCAACUGGAAUUGCGACACCAGAGGACUCGCCGCCUCAUGUGCCAGCCCCAUUGCCAGCCCCCGCCGCCGCGCCGCAGCGAAAGGCCCCUCCACCGCUUCCACCCAGGCGCCCUUCCAUGGCGCUUGUGGCAGCGGAGAAGUUUGGUCUGCAGCAGGACGCCGCCGAGAUUCUCAUCAACGUCCUUGCGCAGCUCGAAUAUGCCUUUGACCGUCAGUCUGAUGACCAGGGCCAUGAGCUGCCCAACUUGAUUCAGAGCCUCUUCUCGUCCAAGUUCCAGCAACAAAUGUCGCUUGAAUCGACUGAUGGUUCACCUCCCCAGACGAAUGAGCCCGUGGAGUCUGUCUUUGUCCACCCCAUCAUUGGUGUCGAGGAGGACGGCAAGGACCUGUACGACUGCCUGUCCGAGCUGUACCUCGGAGGCGCUGAGAUCGAGUACGAGGGCAAGAAGGGAUUCAAGAUGGACCUCAUUGACGAGUUGCCACCGCUGUUGUACAUCCAGAUGAGGCGCUCGCAGUACGACCCCAUCAAACGAGCACAGACCAAGACGAACACGCACAUUCCGUUCGGACGCAAGCUGAUCAUGGACCGGUUCUUGGCGAGCGCGGACCCGGCCAAGAGGCAGCGCUCUAUCACGCUUACGCGUGAGAUGAUGCAGAUGAGGGCGAGACGCCACGAGCUCAAGAACCACAAGCCAAUGGCCAUUGCGGAAACGUUCCGGUUUGUGCGCGAGGCACUGUCAACCGAUGCGGCCAAGGCGAUUCUUGCGAGCACGGACGAUUCCGCAGUCACCCCCGACCUGCUCGAAGCACUUGGUCUUGAGGCUUCGGCUGCGGACGAGGAGAUUGCCAACAUUGAGGCGAGACUUCCUGAGGCCAAGGAGGAGUUGGAGCGGCUGUGGGCCAACGACAACACGACCGAGUACGAGCUCGUGUCUGUGUUUGUGCACGGUGGCACUGGCACGGGAGGUCACUACUGGACAUACCAGGCGGACCUGCCGCGUGAUGGCGACAAAUACUUUUACUACAGCGACGAGGUGGUCAAGGACGUUCCCGCGACCGAUGUCUUCAGCGACAAGUCGGCGCAGGGUGUCAGCCCAGCGCUGUUGUGCUAUGUGCGCAAGGACCGCAGCCUGGUGGACACGUUGCACCGUGCGGCGGCUCCCGCGGAGGGGGAGGCGGUGGCGAAGGCGGCGGAGACUGCGUCGACGGGAGGUUGGUGAGGGUGAGGGAAGGG